CUUUCCCGGGCUGGACUUCGGCUCGCUCCCGCCGUCCGGUCUCGCCUACCUGCACCUUAACGGCUCGGUCCCGCCGCACGCGCCGCCGUCUCCCGCCGCCAUGGCGCUGAGGAACGACCUGGGCUCCAACAUCAGCGUGUUGAAGACCCUCAACCUCCGCUUCCGGUGCUUUCUGGCCAAGGUGCACGAGCUGGAGCGGCGGAACAAGGCCCUGGAGAAGCAGCUGCAGCAGGCCCUGGACGGUAACCAGGGCAACGGCUCGGACGCGCGCCUCAAGAAGCCUUUGACCAAAGACAUCGGGGUGCAGACCGGGUUCAUCGGACACAUCCCGGUGCGCCCCGGGGCCAUCCCGCUCCUGAACGCCAACAACGCGGCUUACCUGCCCGGGGGGCUGCUGUCCCCCACCAUCCACCCCCCGCUGUCCUACGACGCGGACUACAGCCAGUCGCUGCCGGGGGGGCAACAACCUGAACCCGGGCCUGAUCCUGAACUCCGGCCUGGUGGACUCCAACUCCAACAUCACCCCGCUGUACGGCGGCUGCGUGAGCCCCGCGCGCUCCCCCGGGGACCCCACGAGGCACGUCGCCAACAUCAACGACAUCAACAUCAAAAACAUCAACCACGGUACCGGGAUGGCCACGAGCAACAACCCCCCGCCCCGGUUCCUCCCCGGACCAUCUGGUCCUACAACCACACCCGUCGCUGGACGGGUGGCCGGGACUCGCGCGCGACAGGCCCUCCUGGGGGGCCCUGGAUCCAACCAGACGGCGUGGGGGUUCAGGUGGACACCAUCACACCGGAGAUCCGCGCGCUCUAUAACGUGCUGGCCAUGAAGCGCGAACGGGACGAGUACAAGAGAAGGUGGGAGGAGGAGUACACGGCCAGGGUUGACCUGCAGGAGAAGAUGGCUGAGCUGGAAGAUGACCUGCAGGAGGGCGAGGUGUACCAGGAUGAGCUAACGGUGCGCGUGAAGCAGCUGAAGGCGGAGCUCGUCCUCUUCAAAGGCCUCAUGAGCAACAACCGCUCGGAGCUGGACAGUGCGAUCCAGGAGAAGGCCAUGAAGGUGGACAUGGACAUCUGCCGCCGCAUCGACAUCACCGCGCGGCUCUGUGACGUCGCCCAGCAGCGCAACUGUGAGGACAUGAGCGCCAUGUUCCAGGUGGCCACGCCCCCCUCCACUCUGACCCACCGGCCCAAGAGGCAGAGCAUCCAACCAGCCAAGGCCGUGGACGGAGAGGAGCCAAUCAGCAUGUCUGAGAGCGAGGGCGGGACCUAUGAAGACGACUCCUGCAGUACAUCAGCCAAUCAGAUCAACGAGGAGAUGCAGAGGAUGCUGAAUCAGCUGAGGGAGAGUGGGUUUGAUGAUGACUGUGACAGUCUGGCCUGGGAGGAGACGGAAGAGACUCUGCUGCUGUGGGAGGACUUCCCUGGUUACACACACCCCGAGCAGCAGGAGGAUUCGAUCGAGGAGGUGAUCAAGGACACGGAGUCACUGUUCAAAACCAGAGAGAAGGAGUACCAGGAGACCAUCGACCAGAUAGAGCUGGAGCUGGCGACGGCCAAGAGCGACAUGAGCCGCCACCUCCACGAGUACAUGGAGAUGUGCUCCAUGAAGAGGGGGCUGGACGUCCAGAUGGAGACCUGCAGGAGGCUCAUCACCCAGACCGGGGAGCCCAGGAAGUCCCCCUCGCUGUCCCUUGGGGAGGAGCCUGAGGACCGGAGGCGGCCGGACUCGGCCGGCGUGGACCGCUACGUGGACCUCCGCCCGUACGCACCUGUGUCCCCGCUCACCUGGCGGAAACCCUAGCCCCGCCUCCCGGGCCUAGCCCCGCCUCCCCGGCAUGACCCCGCCCCCUUCCAUCAGGCCACGCCCCCAGCACACCUGUCCGCACCACACCUGGUCCCUGUCCAUACUGUGAAGAUGAUGUACGGUAACCAUGGUUACUGGUUACAACAUUCCCUUUCCUUUUUUGAACCCAGCUGAAAUGGGUUUGGUUCCUGUAAAUUAAUCAUCAAUUAUGAAAUAAUCGCUAUCAUAGAAGAAAAAACCUUUCCUCGACAAAGAUCUGCCCCCCUGUGGCGGGAGAUCGCUACUACACCUCAAGGAGGCUCAGAAACAACCUGGCUGAGACGCUUGACCCCACAUCGUGAUGUCAGACAAGGCUGCUCUGAUCAACGACGAGGUUUGGCCACGCAGAGCGAGGUCCCCUCAUGAAGAACUUUAGAGAACGAGGAGAGACUGACAUUGAGAGGAACGGCAUGUAACUGCACAGCAGGGAAGCUAUCCCCCCUUUCUCCUCAGUGAUGUGCUGUUGGUCUUCUGUGAUGUUGGAGGUCCUGUUCUGAACCCUCUGUUACUCCCAUAUGGGCCUACUCACAUGCUGCUUUGUACGUAUAAUAAGAGUAUAGAGAGCUGGAGAAUUGCGCUGUGCUUCCCAAAAGGAUAGCAAACGAUGUUUUAGCGGAUUUGGUGCAUCCAACAAAUCUGAAGAGAUCGGACUUGAAUCCCCGGUUCAACCUGCUGUCUGAAGAACUGUGGGAGAAACAAUUAGCUUGGACAGACGUUGUUCCUGGCUAGCAUGAGCGGAAUCUGGCUGAAACUUAAUGCCGAUUUUCAUCACAAAUAUUAAAGAAAACGCUUCAAGGAAAUGACAACGUUGAUUAACACGUGAAGAAUACAACCUGGAUUUAAACAUGAAGAAUACAACAUGGAUUUAAAUGUGAAAAUUAUAGACUGGACAUACAGUUCAACAACAUGGCCGCCGGAGCUUCGGAACAAAUCGUUAAAUCGAUUUGAUAGUUCUAUUUAUUUUCUCAGAUUAUCCAUUACUGAUGUAACUUGUUACGUUUGUCAAGUUUACUCUGAACUGAAAAAAAAAUGUGCACUGUAAAGAGUACUGUCAGAAAAGAUGAUCUAUUUUUGAGGAGGAACUUGUAUAUAUUUGGAGAGGAAGCCAUUUCAGAGCUAGUGCACUAGAGUAUACCCGCUGUAACGCAGUAUCGACAUAAUGCCUUCAGAAGCCUCCUGACGUCAAGAGCGGCUCUGGUUGUGAGGCUAGCAUGUUGUGUGCUGACUGUCCAGAUUCACGCUGCGCAUAUAUUAGGGUUUGUAGUGGUUUUGUGGACAAAAAACAUUGUGAUCUCAGAAGGUUUUGUUGCUAAACCCUUAGAGCUUCUUAUCGUACGGUCAUGCACUGCAAAGAAAAAGCACACAUUUUGAACAUUGGCACAUUUUUCUCUCUUCAUUUUAUUUUAUUGUACCGGCAGCAGGGAACAGGUCAGUCCACCAUUUUGUAAAGUAUACGAUUGCACGGACUCCAUUAAGGACAGAAAGAACCUUCUGAACCCUCUCGGGUUCACCUUAAUACUCACCAGCAAUAUUGUCAAAGUGUAAAUAUUAAGGCUGAACAAACCUCCAGAGCUAUAACAAUAACCACAUUAUGAAUUCACCCUCAACACUCACUCAGUCAUGGUAUUACCUGUACAUGGUCAUUCACCCUCAACACUCACUCAGUCAUGGUAUUACCUGUACAUGGUAGUUCACCCUCAACACUCACUCAGUCAUGGUAUUACCUGUACAUGGUAGUUCACCCUCAACACUCACUCAGUCAUGGUAUUACCUGUGGUAGUUCACCUUCAACACUCACUCAGUCAUGGUAUUACCUGUACAUGGUCAUUCACCCUCAACACUCACUCAGUCAUGGUAUUACCUGUACAUGGUAGUUCACCCUCAACACUCACUCAGUCAUGGUAUUACCCGUACAUGGUCAUUCACCCUCAACACUCACUCAGUCAUGGUAUUACCCGUACAUGGUAGUUCACCCUCAACACUCACUCAGUCAUGGUAUUACCUGUACAUGGUAGUUCACCCUCAACACUCACUCAGUCAUGGUAUUACCUGUGGUAGUUCACCCUCAACACUCACUCAGUCAUGGUAUUACCUGUACAUGGUCAUUCACCCUCAACACUCACUCAGUCAUGGUAUUACCCGUACAUGGUAGUUCACCCUCAACACUCACUCAGUCAUGGUAUUACCUGUGGUAGUUCACCCUCAACACUCACUCAGUCAUGGUAUUACCUGUGGUAGUUCACCCUCAACACUCACUCAGUCAUGGUAUUACCCGUACAUGGUAGUUCACCCUCAACACUCACUCAGUCAUGGUAUUACCUGUACAUGGUAGUUCACCCUCAACACUCACUCAGUCAUGGUAUUACCUGUACAUGGGGGACAUUCUUAGAAUCAGGGUAACUGAGUUUCUGUUCUUUUGUAUUUAUUACGAAAAAGGUAAACAAGCAGGUAAAGGUUGAACUGGUUAAAGUUAUUAAUCGUGGGUCUUGGAUGCAAAUUAAGUCACAACGAUCUUUGCCAAGAUAACGUGUGGUUUAUUGUUUUGUGUUAGAGUGCAUCUUUCUCUUGAAUCUUUGUGGCUUGAAAACUUGCAACACGUAGCCUAGCUUCCAGUGCUGCGUCGCGGCCGUACCCCUACUUACUAGCCCUGGCUAAAGGGGGGUUAAAGUUAGCAUGGGGCCCCCUCCCUCAGUACAACGCCCGCUCUGUACCUAGGAAACACUUCAACGCAGAACACGUCACACUAACAAUAUUUAUCUUGGGGGGGGGAGGGGGGCGCUUUCAGUUAAAGAUUAUUAAGCGGUUUGUUUGAAUGAUGAAGCAAAAUGAAAACGUGUGCAGAAUAAAGAAAUGAUGAAACCGUCGUGAGUUCUUCUGACGUUUAUUAUAAAACAAUUUUGACUAAAACAACCGAACCACGUUAUGGUAUUAUAUUAUGGGAAACAUUCACAGAUUCAUAAGGAGUUUUUUUAAAUGUAAAUUCCCUUACAUUUGACUUCAGAUUCGAUCCACUACUUCCGUCUCCCAUAACUGUUGGUGUCGUUCCGUCAUUCGCUUAAUGAAAGACCAUUCCAACCCCAAACUAAAGCCUUUUUACAAAAGGACUGCACACACAGCCAUAGUGAUCUUUACAAGACUUAUUCAUACAUCAUGUGGAAUCUGAGACUCAAGAACCAGAAUCGGUAAACCACAAUGAACGGAUCAUCUACUGUCUACAGCAGAUUAAUCUUCUGUCUACAGGGGUUCCUAGGAAGGAGGUUAAUCCGUAAGGCUCCCCUUUCAACCGGAACACGCCUUCUCCAGCGCCAUCUGUUGGACAUAUGAGGCUACUGCGAUGGUUUAGCCUUUUGUCCUUUAGUUCUAUUCGACAUUGACAGCCUCACAGUCACAGGUGUUAUCGGACUAUCGUCUCAAUAUUACACCUAACCACCCUCGCAGUUGUCGAGAUGCUGGAGUUUCCUAGAAACAAUGAAAUGUUAUCUUCAGUCGGAGCAUAGGUUCCAGGGUUCGGCAGUAGGUCAGACAGGUUUAGGGGUUCCUCUGAGUUUGGUUUGAGGGUUUAGUUUUCGGUUUAACGGUUAGGGUUGGGGCUGGGGGUUCCUAUUAGGGUUCAUCCCGGGUGCAGUGACACCACAUGUAAAGUCACAUUGAAGUAACUUUAUUUAGCUUCCGUUACACAUCCACACCGGGAUGAGGAACGGGGGCGGGGCGCGUGCUGUCGGUGGACCGCUGGGCCAGCCUACGCAGCUGCUGUCAUCACGUCGACGAGCGGUCAGCCCCCC